AUGACUACGCAACCAGCAGUAGCAGAAAACUACGAUUUUAAGGAUAUAUUUCCCACAUGCUUAAAUGAUUUUCAUACUCAUACAACUAAUAGCAAAACUAAUGUUGAAUCUCAAAUUGGUAAUACAUGUUCAGUAACUGCAAAUUCUUUAAAUUUUCAUCAACAUUACAGAUAUUUUUUUGUAUCAAAAUGUAAAGAGCUUCUUCUCUAUUUAAAUUAUAUAAAAAAUAAAAAUAGCACUACUGAAAUAGCACCAGGUUGUAAAUAUUUCAAUUAUAAGUUAAAAUAUUUAUUAAAUAUUUAUAAAUGUCCUGAACAGAGCACUGAAAAAGCUUAUAAAAAAAUGAUAAUUGAACAAAAUGAAGAAACUUAUUUUAAUGUAUCUAAUAUAUGUGAAACAUAUAUUAAAGACCUUAGUGAUGAUACAUUUCAAAAAUUCGAAAAAUUGAAUGAUCUCUACAAUGCCUUUAUACUACAGAGGAGAAACUGCCCUAAAAAUAGUACAUGUUUUAAAAAAUACACAGAUUAUUCAGAAACUUGUGAAAAUCUGAAUAAAAACAGUUAUUGUCAUGUUCUAAAUUCAUUUAAACUUCUGUAUAUUCAAGAUAGUGUAAAUGAAUAUAUCCAUAAGGAAGCUUAUGAACACUCACAGUCCUCAUUGUUUAUACACAUACGUGCAGCAUUUUUAACUAUAAUAUUUUCAAUAUUUACAAUAACUUUAAUAAUAUUCAUUUUUUAUAAGAAUACAUCUUAUAGAUCAUAUCUAGAACAAUUAUUAGUGAAAAUAAGGAGAUUUUUUAAUAAAAAGGAUGAAGAAUAUCUUAUAUACUUUGAUUCAUUAGAAAGCCCAUACAAACCUUCUAUUGAUAAGGAUUAUAGUAUAGAAUAUAGUUCAGUAGACUAUUCUUAA